CUCCCAGACCAACAGCUUCCUUUGGCUCGAGGCGGGUCUUACGUGGAGGGCCUAUGGGAUCUACGUCGGCUCAGCCAAUAGGGUCAGGGCAGGGGGCGUGGCGGGAAGUUUGAAACUGGUAACUUCGGGAGUUGAGCCACGAGCUGUUGUGCAUCCAGAGGUGGAAUUGGGGCCGGGCAUUCCCUCCUCGUCCCGGGCUGGCCCUUGCCCCCACCCUGCAACUCCUGGUUGAGAUGGGCUCAGCGAAGAGCGUCCCAGUCACACCAGCGCGGCCUCCGCCGCACAACAAGCAUCUAGCUCGAGUGGCGGACCCCCGUUCACCUAGUGCUGGCAUCCUGCGCACUCCCAUCCAGGUGGAGAGCUCUCCACAGCCAGGCCUACCAGCAGAGGAGCAACUGGAGGGUCUUAAACAUGCCCAGGACUCAGAUCCCCGCUCUCCUACUCUUGGUAUUGCACGGACACCUAUGAAGACCAGCAGUGGAGACCCCCCAAGCCCACUGGUGAAACAGCUGAGUGAAGUAUUUGAAACUGAAGACUCUAAAUCAAAUCUUCCCCCAGAGCCUGUUCUGCCCCCAGAGGCACCUUUAUCUUCUGAAUUGGACUUGCCUCUGGGUACCCAGUUAUCUGUUGAGGAACAGAUGCCACCUUGGAACCAGACUGAGUUCCCCUCCAAACAGGUGUUUUCCAAGGAGGAAGCAAGACAGCCCACAGAAACCCCUGUGGCCAGCCAGAGCUCCGACAAGCCCUCAAAGGACCCUGAGACUCCCAGAUCUUCAGGUUCUAUGCGCAAUAGAUGGAAACCAAACAGCAGCAAGGUACUAGGCAGAUCCCCCCUCACCAUCCUGCAGGAUGACAACUCCCCUGGCACCCUGACACUACGACAGGGUAAGCGGCCUUCACCCCUAAGUGAAAAUGUUAGUGAACUAAAGGAAGGAGCCAUUCUUGGAACUGGACGACUUCUGAAAACUGGAGGACGAGCAUGGGAGCAAGGCCAGGACCAUGACAAGGAAAAUCAGCACUUUCCCUUGGUGGAGAGCUAGGCCCUGCAUGGCCCCAGCAAUGCAGUCACCCAGGGCCUGGUGAUAUCUGUGUCCUCUCACCCCUUCUUUCCCGGGAUACCGAGGAAAGGCUUGUUUUCUCAGACUCCUCCUCAACUACCAAACUGGGACUCACAGCUUUAUUGGGCUUUCUUUGUGUCUUGUGUGUUUCUUUUAUAUUAAAGGAAGUAAUUUUAAAUGUUACUUUAAAAAGGUA